GUUGUGAUUGUCGCUGUGGAUCAGAAUGAGUGUGUGUGGAGUUUAUAUGAUACAUAUAUGAUGAAUAUUUGUAGAUUUCUAUAUAGAAGUGUGUGUUAUAAAGUCACAGCAGCAGCCAAAUUCACUCCAUGAGGGUUCUGGUCCGUGUCGAUGGGUUUAGUUCGGUCGGUUCGGCGGUUUAAACAGUGUUUUUCUCUCGUGUUUUUAGGUCUCUUUAGCUAACAGCUAACACAGACGAAUUGAACUUUAUUUGCCCACAAUUAAACUCUAUUAUUCAACUAUUGUUAUGAUUGAAUGUUUAAUGUAAAUGCACAUUCACUAAGAUCAAAUCAGCUCACCAUGGAAGAAGAUAUCGAACAGAACCAGAAAUCAAACGUUAAUGGACUCACGAAAACAACUAAAACAGGAGCGACAAAGAAACUGAUUAUUAAGAACUUUAAAGACAGACCGAAGCUGACAGACAGCUACACUGAAGACACGUGGAUGAAGCUGCGAGAUGCUGUGAGCGCCAUUCAGAACAGCACUUCCAUCAGAUACAACCUGGAAGAACUUUACCAGGCAGUGGAGAAUCUGUGCUCGUAUAAGGUGUCGCCCAUGUUAUACAAGCAGCUUCGUCAGGUGUGUGAAGAUCAUGUUCAAGCUCAGAUACACCAGUUCAGAGAAGAGUCUCUGGACAGCCUGUCAUUUCUGAAGAGGAUGAACAGAUGCUGGCAAGACCACUGCAGACAAACGAUCAUGAUUCGUAGUAUCUUCCUGUUUCUGGACCGAACGUAUGUCCUACAGAACUCCCUGCUGCCAUCCAUCUGGGAUACGGGGCUGGAGUUGUUCCGCACACACAUCGUGAGUGACAGCGCUGUUCAGAGUCGGACGGUUGAGGGAAUUCUGGAACUGAUCGAGCGCGAGCGGAACGGAGAGACCAUCGACCGCAGUCUGCUGAGGAGUUUACUGGGCAUGCUCUCUGACUUGCAGGUGUAUAAGGAGUCGUUCGAGCAUCGGUUUUUAAUGGAUACCAACCAUCUGUAUGCCACUGAGGGUCAAACACUCAUGCAGGAGAGAGAUGUCCCCAAGUAUCUUCAUCAUGUAGCUCGUCGUCUGGAGGAAGAGAAUGAUCGUGUCAUCAGUUAUUUAGAUCAGAGCACACAGAAGCCGCUCAUCGCCACUGUUGAGAAGCAGUUGCUGGAGGAACACAUGAACAACAUUCUACAGAAAGGCCUCAGGACUCUAUUAGAUGAGAAUCGUGUGUUUGAGUUGACUCUGUUGUAUGAACUCUUCAGUAAAGUGAAGGGAGGACUGACUGCACUGCUGCAGCACUGGAGAGAAUACAUCAAGAACUUUGGUGGAGAGAUCGUGAGUUCUCCGGAGAAAGAUAAAGACAUGGUUCAAGAGCUGCUGGACUUCAAGGAGAAGAUGGACAACGUGACUCUCGGAUGUUUCCAGAAGAACGAGACCUUCAUCAAUGCCAUGAAGGAAGCCUUCGAGAACUUCAUCAACAAGAGACCCAACAAACCUGCUGAGCUCAUCGCGAAGUAUGUAGACUCUAAACUGCGCGCUGGAAAUAAAGAGGCCACAGAAGAAGAGCUGGAGAGAAUCCUGGACAAAAUCAUGAUUAUGUUCCGUUUUAUUCAUGGUAAAGACGUUUUUGAAGCAUUCUAUAAGAAGGAUCUGGCCAAGCGUCUGCUGGUGGGGAAGAGCGCGUCAGUGGACGCAGAGAAGUCAAUGCUGUCUAAACUCAAACACGAGUGUGGAGCAGCGUUCACCAGUAAACUGGAGGGGAUGUUCAAAGACAUGGAGCUCUCCAAAGAUGUCAUGAUCCAGUUCAAACAGUACAUGCAGAAUCAGAGUGAACCUAGCAACAUCGAGUUGACCGUCAACAUCCUGACGAUGGGCCACUGGCCUUCAUACACACCUAUGGAUGUCCACCUGCCCGCUGAGAUGGUGAAGCUUCAGGAAGUGUUUAAGAUGUUUUAUUUGGGGAAACACACCGGACGUAAACUACAGUGGCAGCCCACACUGGGUCACGCCGUUCUGAAAACUGAGUUUAAAGAGGGUAAAAAGGAGCUUCAGGUGUCUCUCUUUCAGACUCUGGUUCUGUUAAUGUUUAAUGAGUCUGAUGAGUGUACAGUUGAGGAGAUCCGCACAGCGACAGGCAUCGAGGACGCUGAACUCAAGCGAACUCUUCAGUCUCUAGCGUGUGGUAAAGCUCGAGUGCUCAAUAAAACGCCCCGCGGUAAAGACGUGGACGACGCAGACCGAUUCAACUUCAACAGCGACUUCAGACACAAACUGUUCCGCAUCAAAAUCAACCAGAUUCAGAUGAAGGAAACGGUGGAGGAGCAGGUGAGCACCACUGAACGAGUGUUUCAGGACCGUCAGUAUCAGAUCGAUGCAGCUGUAGUGAGGAUCAUGAAGAUGAGGAAGACCUUGAGUCACAAUCUGCUGGUGUCUGAACUUUACAACCAACUCAAAUUCCCCGUCAAGCCAUCAGACCUCAAGAAGCGCAUCGAAUCGCUCAUCGACCGGGACUAUAUGGAGCGAGACAAAGAGAAUCAGAACCAGUACCACUAUGUGGCGUAAGAGCGGCUCUGAGGAGGUGUUCCCUCACCUCUGCCCUGUUCAUCCUCCUUAAAGGGCUCCAAACGGCUCCCGUGAUGCUAUAAACCCCUGCAUGACCUCUCAUGACCCUUUGGCACAAAGACUUCUGCAGUGAAUUUGGGGGGGUCGCACUGCACUCACGGACAGAGGGGUGAUUGUAGAAUGAUCAUGAAUGAUUUUUACUGAAGAUGCACUUUUCUCUUUCACUCACUGUCUGUUUAGUUUGUGUGAUCAGUUCUGUUCUACUGUAGCUUCUGGAUUUGUUCUUUUAGAUGAUUUUGAAUAGUUCUUGUUCAUGUUCAAGUUCAGUUUUGAUGCUUCAGCGUUUGUCAUUUACAUUCUCAGGCAACAGAAAUCUGAAGCAAAAUCAAUGUGUUUGGACAUCUAUCACUUAUGAGCUGUAUUCUGAAUGACACCCGUCAUAUAUAAUUUUGUAGAACAGAGGAUUCUAUUCUUUGUACGUGUGCAAAGAUAUGACAAUAUUAAACCAUAUUUAAUUAAGAUA